AUAAUAUUUUUUAGUGAGUUUGACAUCGAACGUCCCUUAUUUGUGAAUCAUAUCGCACUUGAGAUCGGAUCCUCCAGCCCUCCACAAUUGAAGCACACCUUUCUUCGCGAGCAGAGCCGGAUAGGCUAAUUAGAGAGCGCGCAAUGGGUGGCAGGGACAGAGACAGAGGUGCAUUGAAGUCAGUGCUCGUUGUUGCCGGUGGCCUUGCCCUCGCAUGGGUGACGAUGGAGACGGCCUUCAAGCCCUGGCUCGAUCGUCUACGGUCUGCCAUGGCCCGCUCCGAUCCCACUGCAGAUCCUGACGAUGUUGACACCGCCGACACUCCCACUAUUGGUGAUAAGACAGAGGAAGAUGUCGUCAAUGUUGAGGAGGAGGUGAAGACGGAUAAAGGAAUUCAAUCGUCUGAUUAGACUAACAUAAGGUUUCUCCCCUUUCUAGCCUUUGCUUUUUUUAAACUGUUUGUUAUCCUAUUUUAGGAGGUGUUGAAGCAAAUCCAAACAGAAACUUGAUAAAUCAUAUUUCAGUUCCGAUUAUAUUGAGAAUUUUCUGAAUCUAACAUUUACAGGAGUUUAUGGAUGUAAGAAACUUUCCCUAUUUAACGGUUGC